AUGUCCGAGAAACAGCGAUGGGAACAUCUUCAUGUUCUUCUUCUGUACUACGAUUUGGUGACCUGCACCAGGCUCCUCUCACUAAGAAGACUCUCGAAGAUCGUAUUCUCCUUGUGCUCGGCCUCUUAUGAUAAGAUUGAUCCGAAGAAACUGACGAUGGACUCGGAUUUUGUCAAGGAUCUAGGCCUGGACUCUCUUGAUCACGUUGAAAUGAUUAUGGCAAUGGAAGAAGAGUUUGGAUUCGAAAUUCCUGAUGGAGAUGCUGACAGGCUGAAAACUCCACGAGAUAUAUUUUCCAGUAUAUUGCCGAUCGUGAAGAUGUGUAUGAAUGAUGGAUAG